CCAUGGAGUUUGGGCCCAGAGGAGCGACAGUGGUGACACAGGGAGCAGACAUGGAGGAACAGCUCAACAGACCAACAUGGAGCAGGCAGAUAGAGUUCACCCUGGCUGGCAUCGGCUGCGCUGUGGGUCUGGGCAACGUUUGGAGGUUCCCUUAUCUCUGCUACAGGAGUGGAGGAGGUGCUUUUCUGGUGCCAUACCUGCUCAUGCUGGUGGUGUUGGGGAUCCCUCUGCUCUACAUGGAGCUGACUGUGGGUCAGUACACAAGAAGAGGGCCUGUCCAUGCCCUGGCUAUCGUCUGCCCACUGUUGAAAGGAGUGGGCAUGGCAUCGGUGGCCAUCUCCUUCAUCAUGUGCACCUAUUACAACGUCGUCAUCACCUGGGCCCUCUAUUACCUCUUCAGCUCCUUCCAGGCAACGCUACCGUGGCAGAACUGUAACAAUACCUGGAACACACCAAACUGUACCAACCAUGCCACCAACAGCAGCUACUCCUCCACGGCUAGCCAGGAGUUCUUCAAAUAUAAGAUGCUGGAACAGACUAGUGGAGUAGAGGAAGCAGGAGUGGUCCGGUGGGAGCUUUUCCUUAUUCUCCUUCUGGCUUGGAUCCUCAUUUACUUCUGCAUCUUUAAGGGGGUGAAAUCAACAGGCAAGGUGGUGUACUUCACAGCCCUGUUCCCGUAUAUUAUCCUGAUUGCCCUGCUGAUCAAUAAUGCGCAGCUUCCUGGAGCAAUAGAUGGAAUAACCUUCUUUAUUGUGCCGGAAUGGAACAAGCUGCUCUCAGUGGAGGUGUGGGUGAAUGCUGCAGCUCAGAUCUUCAACUCCAUUGGGAUUGGUUUCGGCUCCCUCUUGGCCAUGUCCAGCUACAAUUCCUUCAACAACAAUGUUCUGAAGGACACCCUGACCAUAUCCAUCAUUAACUCCCUCACCAGUAUCCUGGCAGGGUUUGUCAUUUUCUCUGCCUUUGGCUACAUGUCUCAUCUGCAGGGCAUUCCUGUCAGCAAUCUGGCUGUGGAUGGUCCAGGACUAGUUUACGUUGUUUACCCACAAGCCUUUGCAAACAUGCCAGUGGCUCAACUCUGGGCUGUGAUGUUCUUCUUCAUGCUGCUGUGCCUCGGGCUGGACAGUGAGUUUGCAAUGGUUGAAGUGCUGGUGACCAGUCUCAUGGAUGAAUUCUAUCAAAAUCUGAUCAAAUUCUUCAAGCGGAAGGAACUGUUUGUUCUUGCUGUUUGCGGUGCAGCGUGCCUCCUGGGGAUUCCUUGUGUCAUGCAGGUGGGAAUCUAUGUUUUCCAGCUGAUGGAUCAUUACACUGCCAUAGUGUCCAUCAUGUUUCUUGCAUUCUUUGAGGUUAUAGCCAUCUGUUGGAGUUACGGAGUGACUCGACUUUCAGACAACCUCGAAGAGAUGACUGGAAAGAGAGCAAACAUCUUUUUCAAAGUGUGCUGGCUAAUAAUUGCUCCUGUGCUGAUCACUGUUAUCCUGAUCUUCUCCAUCAUCCAGUUCAAACCAGCUCGCUAUGAGGACUAUGUCUUCCCUCCCUGGGCUCAGGGAGUCGGCUGGGUCAUUGCCAUGGCCUCCAUCAUCUGGAUUCCUUUGGGUGCUGUUCACACAUUGUGGGUGCUCCCUGGCUCAUUCAUGCAGAAACUGAAGCUGUCCAUCACACCAUUCGCGCUGAAUGAAAUGUCAAAGAUGCCGUAUUAUGAGAGGGGAGGGAGAUAUGGAGAUCCAGCCAUAGCUGUAAUCAGUUCCAGCAUCCAUCUACCUGAAAAACCUCGUCUUGAGACAAACUUCUGAUACCUCAUAAUGUUCACCAAGUGACAGACUUCUAAUAAGCUCAAAUCAGUACAUAAAGUAUGCUACAAAAACUAUCUACAUGAUUGUGAAAAUGUGUUGCAGCAUAUCUGCCAUGCAGAUAUAUUAGAUUGACAAUUUUUGUCUAUGAACUUAAUUUGAGAUUUUGUUGAACCUUUGCUUAUUUUAAAAUGUGAUAAGAUGUUGUGGAACGAGUGUUUAGAGAUUAUUAUUGUGUACAUCUGUAAUAAUAUCUGUAAUAAUAUCCGACCAACACGCCCUCUCUUGUGAUAGAGCUCCAAAGGAUAAAGGCGUGGCACUCAGGACUUUACACACACUUCCCUGUGUUCAUUUGUGUUUUUUACUUUGCUAAGGCUGCCAUCUUUUGGUCAUGUCUGCUGAUGCAAUUAUGAGUGGUGAUAUAUCUGAAAUCAGGUACUUAACCAAGUUUUUUUACAUACAUUUUAGCUAAAAAAUGACAAAGAAAGCCACUAUUUAACAAUAAUGGUUCAAGGAGUUGAACGUUUGUAUUGAACAACAUCCUUUAAAAACAUAAACCACUGUGGACCAUUUCAUUGUGUUCUGACUAAUUAGGUCAAAUGCAACAGGACACUGCUGAUAAGUAUAUGGUAGUUCACAGAGGAAUACAUGCGUCAUGCAGCUCUGUGUCAUGUCAUGUAAGGUGUAAUAAAAACC